AUGUGCGUCUCUGUCCCGAUAGCGCCCCACGCAAGAUCACCCACGCAAGGAGAGUCCAUCUCGGAGGUCUGGAACCAUCGGUACCAUCCUGCGGGAUCGUUAACGCCGAGUACGAAGCCGAGGAGGAGAUGCCAAGGAACCACCACGAACGACACUACCACCACAACCAGGACGGACACACCAGCAGACGAGCAGGCUGCCCGCUCGGGAGCGCGCACGCCCACGGGCAACGGGGCACUUCAGCAGCUCCUGCAGCAUUUGAUGGCGUCCCCAGAGGGUCCCACCACCUCAGCCACAAUACUCGAGACAUUCCCAGUCACGGGAACAGCCACACAGCCGGCCAUCACCCCGGAAACACCCAGCUCGACCGACAACACGGCAGUCGUUGCGGGAGUGGCCCAGACCCGUGCGACGGAGGACGAACCCACAGGACCAGCCGAGGGCCCACCGGGCAUCCUGCGGAACGCUCCUCGACGCCGCCCAGCCCCAUGUCCCGAGGACGAGGCCAUUACGGAGGAGGAGUCCCUUCCGGAUGACACCCCGGACCCGGUGCCCGGACCCAGAUGCGCGCCCCGGAGGGAUGGACCACCGCCGACGAAUGGAUCCAAGUGGGUUUACAUGACCGGAUCCAGGGGCGCCUCCGCCAGCAGUCGAAUCGGGACCUCCGUUUCCUGGACGAUGCCGGAGAGAUAA